AGAGCAGCACAAAGCAGCCGGUGGAAACCACAAGGCACUCCGCUGCGAAGAGGCGAGUCUGCUGGGAGACCUCCGAGGAAAGAAAAUGACUUCCAAGCCCACUGGAGCCGCUGCCCUCUGUUUCCUCUUGAUAAGCCUCUCUGUCAUCAUUGCUGUGGCUGUCAUUCAGAUUCACAAGAAGCGCUACGUGUCUCCGGGACUAAAACAUGGCAUCGUCCUCGAUGCGGGGUCGUCACGAACGACGCUAUAUGUGUACCAGUGGCCUGCCGAGAAGGAGAACAACACGGGUGUGGUGGAUCAGACCCUGAGGUGCGACGUCCAAGGUCCUGGCAUCUCUAGCUUGGGGAUUGACGCCAAUGUGGAUUUCCAGAUGUGGCAUUCCAUGGCAGACUGCAUUAACAAGAGUAAAGAUGUCAUACCGCCCACCCAGUACAACACCACCCCCAUCUACCUGGGGGCCACUGCGGGCAUGAGGCUCCUGAGGUCACAAAACGAGACGGCCGCCGACGUGAUCCUGUUGACUGUGCAGCGGUACCUGCAGUCCCUGCCUUUUGAUUACAAAGGAGCUUCCGUCAUCACCGGGCAGGAGGAGGGCAUCUAUGGAUGGAUCACUGCCAACUAUCUGAUGGGCAAUUUUCUAGAGAAAAACCUUUGGAACGCCUGGGUGCGACCCCACGGUGCUGAGACUUCGGGGGCCCUCGAUCUCGGCGGAGCUUCCACCCAGAUCGCCUUCACUCCAGAGUGGGAGGACCGAGGAGACAGCACCCUGAGCGUCAUGCUCUACGGCUACGAGUACCACGUGUACACGCACAGCUUCGCGUGCUACGGCCGGGACGAGGCGGAGAGGCGUCUGCUAGCGACCCUGGUGCAGAAAACAUCCAGCAGCGCCUUCACAGAAAACCCCUGCUUUCCUCAAAACUACGUGACGACGCUGAGUGCCAAGUCGAUAUUCGGAAGUCAGUGCACCGCCACCUACAGGACGGAGGACUACAACCCCAACAGCCGCAUCACGUUUGUGGGGACCGGAGAUCCGGGGCUGUGCCGGGAGACGGUUUUCUCCUUGUUCGACUUCACGUCCUGUCACGGGAAGCAGCAGUGCUCGUUCGAUGGCGUCUAUCAGCCCGAGGUCAUCGGCAAAUUUGUGGCCUUUUCUGGGUUUUACUACACAGCAGAAGCUUUGGGUCUCAGUGGCUCCUUCUCCCUCGACACCUUCAAUUCCAGCACCUGGUCCUUCUGUGCGCAGGAAUGGCAAAUGCUUAAAGCCAAACAUUCAACAAUGAAAGAAGGAUAUCUGCGUUCCUACUGCUUCUCAGCAAAUUACAUCUACAACCUUCUAGUCCACGGGUACAAAUUCAACUCACUUACCUGGCCACUCAUCAGCUUCCAAAGAGAGGUCAGCAAAAGCAGUAUAGCCUGGUCCUUGGGCUACAUGCUAAACCAGACCAACAUGAUCCCAGCCAAGGCCGGGCACUUCAAGCUACCCAUGAGCAGCUCCGUCUUCGCCGGACUCCUCUUCACGUUCUCCUCUUUGGCCAUCCUCAGUCUCUUGUUCCUCAUCAUAUCUUUCGUACACGCAUGCGAAUUCUGCGGAAGAAGCGGCAUACUGGCACUUUGACCACAGAAACCCCGACACGUUCGGCGUUAGCGUUGCUGGAAAGGAAAGUCGGAAAGGAUUUUUGGAUUGGAUUGGAAACAUGGAAUGAGGCUUCUCGGAGGAAAACUGCAGUUCCGAACAUCAAAAAUGAACUUUGAAAAGUAGAAAUUGAGAGAAUAGUGAUAGAUGUACAGAAUGGUCUAUUUUAUAUGUACUUCCAAAAUUAAAAGCCUUGUUAGCGCGCCUGUGCCCUGUGGACUUUUAAGAAGGACAGAGGCCUUCUUCAGUGUGUCAUCCAAAGGCCACGAAAGCCAUUCUGGUGACAUUGGAGAAAAGACUUUUUCAUAAGUAUCUGGCUAGAGCGUUCAUGGGUUUUGAUGUUGGCAGCUCCCAGCCUACCCGAUGUACGUGUAGUGGGACAUGUGGUGUUAUUGGGUGGGGGGCACCCAUUGCAGUUGUUGAAGACGAAUAAAUACUGCAUUGUUUGGUUUUAUACUUCAGCCAAUGACAUUUUAGACCUUGUCUAGAGAGGGGUCCGGAGGGAUACCCGGAUUAUCCAUCUAAGGGGUGGGAGAUCUGGAGGCAGCGGUAACCUUAGAGUCCAUAAGGUCCACCCUGCAGUUCCAGAACUCUGGGCCUAACAUCUGGGGUUGAGCCUUUAAGUGGCUGGAAGCCCCUCUCAUCCUGUGCUUGACACCCAUCCCUGCAUAGUCCUUCAAGGAAACUCUUAAGUUGACAGCUUAACCCUCUAAGACCAGAAAAAUGUAAAAAUUUAGACUAAAUUAAUAAAAAAAUUAUCUUAUUUAUUAAAGCACAAAAUAAAAUACAAAGAUAAACGAUUACAUGUAAAUGACAUGGAAUAGAGUAAUUUUGCUUGUUGCUUGCUACAACUAUUGGCUUGUGUAAUACAGUUAAAAUAUAAGUGACAAAAAAAAAAGAAUAUUCUUACAACGACGACCACAGAUUCUGACCUUCCUCCCUGUCUUCAAGAUGAUCUGCUUUUGUUUCAGAUCUCAUUGGGUUUUUAUUUAGAAUUCCUGUUCCAAAGUGUACAGAACCUUCUCAUUUUUACAGAACUUUUGUCCCACCCAGGACUGAGAUGGUGUAAUAAUUUUUUUAAAGGUCUAAUAAUCCUUUACAUGUAUGAUUAAAAUACAUUUCCUUGCCUAAGUAAUGCACUAUAUGGCCAAAAGUGUGUGAUGUCCCUUUAAAUGACUGAGUUCUGGUUUUGCAUUCUUAACGGGUGCAUCAAAUAAAAUAAAAUAAAAUCAAAUAAAGCAUAUA